AUGAAGUUCACUGCUGUCGCUGCUAUCUCCAUGGCCGCCCUGGUCUCGGCUCAGAGCAUCAGUGAUAUUCCCUCUUGCGCCUUGUCCUGCAUUCAGAGAGCUGUUUUGUCCACCCACUGCGAAGGGACCGACUUGAAGUGCAUCUGCAAGAAGGAAAACUUCUCCACGAUCCAGGGUGCUGCUACCCCUUGCGUUAUUGAACAAUGUGGCACCGAAACGGCCGUCAACAAGGUUCUUCCGGCUACCACGAACCUCUGCGCUGGAAAUGCCGACGGUGGAAGCUCCGAGGCUGCUUCCUCUGCUGCUGACCCUACCGAGAUGGCCACCCAGAUGACUGAGGCUCAUCCUACCGAGAUGGCCGAGCCUUCUGAGUCCGAGGCCGCUGGUGAUACCGAGUGCCAUGCCACCAUGGCCAGCCAGCCCUGCCCUGCCACCCCUUCCAGCCCUGCCUCCAACGGCACCGCUCCUCCCGCCCCGUCUACUCCCGUCACCGCUGGUGCCGCUGGCCUCGCCCCCAUUGGCGGCCUUGCCAUGCUCGCCAUCGGUGCCCUGGCUCUCUAA